AUGCAGCAACAGCAACAGGAGCAGCAACAGCAGCAGCAACAGCAGCAGCAACAGCAGCAGCAACAGCAGCAGCAACAGCAGCAGCAAGGGAACGGCAACUUUCAGCACCAAGAGCAGCUGCAAGAUCAGCAGCAGCAACAGCAGCAACAGCAACAGCAGCAGCUGGUGCAGCAGGCCCAGCAGCAAACCUCAGAGUGCUCCGUUGCUGCUGCCUCUGCUGCUGCCUCAUUUGCUGUUUCUGCUUUGUGGCAGCAACAGCAACAGCAGCAGCAGCAACAGCAGCAGCAGGAUCAGCAGCAGCAGGAUCAGCAGCAGCAGCAGCAGCGGCAAAGCUUCGUGUCUCUUCUGCUGCCAGAGCGUUGCAAUCUUAUUUGCUGCUCCGUCUAUGUUUCUUGGGGGGCCCUUGAGGGGUGGGUGCAGCAAAGAGGCCCCUGCUGCGCUGCAGCAGCAGCAGCAGGGGCUUGGAAUGCUUGCCGAGGGUUUAGGGGAGGGGCCCCUGCAGCUGCUGCUGCUGAGGAUGUGCUGCUGCUGCUGCUGCAGCAGCAGCAGCAGAAAAAAGCUGCAGCAGCUGACCGCUUGCUGUUAGCCUUGGGGAUACUGCCAGCAGCAACAACGCGGCAGCAGCUGCUUUCUUUAGAGGUGCUGCUGCUGCAGCAGCAGCAGUUGCUGCUGCAGCAGCACGGCUUAUCACCAUGCGACCAGCCGCAGCAGCAGCACCACCAACAACACCAGCAGCAGCAACACCAGCAGCAGCAGCAGCUGCAGCAAGAGCAGCAAUCUAAUUUAACAAGAGGCCCUUCUUCCUCGCCUCCUGGGGGCCCCCAAAGAGCAGCAGCAGCUAGAGGGGGGGCCCCCUGCUGCUUGCUGCUGCAGCAGUACGGCUCGGAAAAGGUUAUUGCUGCCAGCGAAGAGACACAAGAAAACAAGCAGGGGCCCCAAAUAGAAACAUCUGCUGCUGCUGCUGUGAGUCGCGAUGUUGGUGCUGCAGCAACAGCUGCAGCAAAAGCAGCAGGAGCAGCACCUGCUGCAGCAGCUGAAGGUGCAGCUCCCGCUGCAGGCUGUACGCUUUCUAUAGCAGCACCUCAAUGUUCAUCUACAGCAGCAGCAGCAGAAGCAGGAGCAGCAACAGCAGCACCAGGAGCAACAGCAGGUGCAGAGACAUCUUUUGUCUCUCUUUCUGAGUUUGUUGCUGCUGCAGCAACAGCAGCAGCAAAACGUCGCCGUCUGCGUCUGCUAAAGUUUAUAUUUCUUUGUAAAUCUCUCCUUAAUAUUUUGCUUGCCUCAGCACCUUCAGCUUCUGCUGCUGCUGCUGCUGCUGAAGGGGGCCCUCAUAUAAACCCUCUUCCCUACCCUCGGGGGGCCCCCAAGGGGGCCCCCAUGGGGGCCCCUAUGAAGGCCCCUAAGGGGGCCCCUGUAGGGGCCCCUAUGAGGGCCUCUGAGGGGGCUUCUGGGGGGGCCCCCCUAGAGGCCUCUGGAGGCUCACCUCUGGGGGGCCCCCCAGAAGAAGGGGCCCCCCCGGUUGCCCCUGUGGGGGCCCCUAUGGAGGCCCCUGUGGGGGCCCUUAUGGAGGCCCCUAUGGGGGCCCCUAUGGGGGCCCCUGAGAGGGCCUCAGUGGGGGCCCCUGUGGGGGCCCCUGAGAAGGCCUCAGUGGGGGCCCCAGUGGGGGCCCCUAUAGGGGCCCCCACUGAGGCCUCUGCUAGUAAGAGGGGCCCCAUGGAGUCCUUUCUGGAGUCUCAUAGGGGGGCCCCUUCUUCUAUAGGCGGCGCUGAUGCGGUUGACCCGUCUCCUUUAAUAGAGAGCGAGGCCCUAGAAGA